AUGGAGAAUUCCUACGGUGUGGGGAUCGAUAACAGAAACGCUCUUUUUUUGGACGACGAGUCCGAUCCUCUUGAUACGUUAAAAGCGCGAGAGCAGGCAAAGGAGCUUAAAAAGAAGAUCAAAGAAGCUGAAAAAGGGAACAAAGGGAAACCUGAGACCAAACCCAAGGGUACAAGUGUCGUCGCCCGUAAGGGAAUCAAGGAAAUCCAAAAUGUGAAAGCUCAAGGAAAUAAGAGCGGUGAUCAACAAAAGAGCAAAGGACCUCCACGAACCGGUGAGUGCAAUACCGAGCGUCCGCCUCCAAGGCGCCGCGACGAUCGGCCGCAGAAUGGUGCUGUUGAAAGCAAGGAUGGAGCACCACGGCCACCUCGUCGCGAAUUUAGUGCCCGUCGGCCUAAUUUUGAGCGUCGUAACAACUUCAGUGACAAUCCUGAAGGUGGCGAACGUCGUGGACCUCGGCCACAGCGUGAACCGCGUGAGUCGCGUGAGGAACAACGCGGCCCAAGACCUGGCAAAAUGGUCAUAAUAUUUGGCAAAUUGCACCUACCACUGAAGACGUACACGUUCAGCUGUGGACUUGUACUAGCUGAAUAUAAAGAAGAAAAAAGCAAAUUACACCUACAACUGUACACGUACACGUCCAGUUGUAGACUUGUACUAGCUGAAAAUAAAGAAGAAAAAGAAAAAUUGCACCUACAACUGUAG